CGGCCCUCGCUCAUCGUCAUCCACAGCGUCGACACUCUUUACAGUACGGGUAUCAUAGCAGUAUCAAGUUUAUAACUAACACGGGCUGUGGCGAGCGACGCAUAAGUACCUGUCCACGGCACGGUGCCUGAGCAAGUGACCAGCCAGAUCUCUCACACUCGACCCUCUGCUUCUCAUCUCUUCCGACCGCUUUUUCGGAUACCGACCACUACCAACUCAUAAGUAGGCGACAUACUCGCAGCGACGUCGCCGACCAUGCCAGGCCUCUCAUCACGCCACCCGCGCUACACCAUCUUCCUCACCCUCCUCAUCCUCGCCGCCCUCUUCCUCCUCCUCCCCGACUCCUCCACAUCUCCUUACACCUUCCACAACGCCCCGGCGCCGAAUCUAUCGGGCGCGGGUGCCUCGCAGCUGAAUAUAGUGGAUGUGGGCUUGCCGGGGAGGGUGAGCAGGGCGGAGAGGAUAUACGAGAAGAUGUUGGCGAAGCGGAAGGGGCUGUAUCGCAAGUUUGGGGGAGAGGGCAAGACCGUCGUUCCGUUCCCGCCUGACAAGGAACCGUGGCCCGCGUACACAAUCUGGGACUUCUUCCCUCCAGCAUUCAACUGUCCACACGAAGUCGAACGGAUCGGCGCCCUCGGCGACGGCGGAAAAUGGGUAUGCGGCCUUUCGCGUCUAGAAGAAAAGCGGGAUUGUGUCGUUUACAGCCUUGGCGUGAACGGCGGCUCCUCCUUCGAAUCCGAACUCCUCUCCCGCACAAAACACUGUCAAGUCUGGGGCUACGACUUUACACUCUCCUCCUUCGGCGACGAGAUCAAUAACCCGCACUCGUCCGAUUUUUCGAGAUUCUUCGCGCAGCCGGUGCAGCCGUUCUAUUCGUCCGAUCCUCUUUCCUCCUCGCCACAGGAUCCUGUCGUUGGAGAGGAUAGUGGUGAGGAGGUGGGUGAGAAGGGGAAGGAAGGAAAAGGGAAGACAGAGGAGGGUAGAAGGGAGAAGGAGUAUUGGAAUGACUCGGGACGGACGUUGAAGCAGAGGGCGCAUUUUAAGAGUUAUGGGGUUGCGGGGAAGGAUGUGGCGCCGACGAGUGAGGCGCCGCCGAUGUAUACUAUUGAGAGCUUGAUGAAGAUGAAUGGCCACACCCACAUCGACAUCCUCAAAAUCGACCUCGAAGGCUGGGAAUUCGACGCCCUCGCCUCCUUCCUCAAAUCUUUCCCCACCCUCCCCAUCGGCCAACUCCAAAUAGAGCUACAUAUUUGGAACCGCGGGUUUGAUGAGCUGUUGAAGGUUUUUGAGGCGUUGGAGGGCGCGGGGUUGAGGGCUUUUAUGAGUGAGCCAAACCUGAUCUACCAGAACUACAACCGGAACUCGUCCCCCGAGCUUGCGGAGUAUUCGUUCGUGAACGUGAAGACAGCGAACGCGUUCGUGUCGGAUAGUCCGGUGUCGAAUUAUGGGUAUGAUGCGUCGGCGGAGAGGGAGGAGGAUCGGGAGCGGGAGAGGGAGGAGAGGCGGGAGCGAGAUGGGGCGAAAGUGAAGGCGAAGGCGAGAGAGGAGAGGAGGGAGCGGGAGAGGCGGUGAGCGUGAAGGUUGAGGGUGAGAGAGGAGAGGGAUGGGAGAUGGGGUGAUAGGAUGGGGAGGCUGUAUAUAUCGGAUAUGGAUGUGGAUAUGGAUAUCUAUUUCUCAUGUUUGUGUUUGGACCUAUCGUUGUUCUCUGUUCUACGUACCACGUACCACGUUACACAUUUUUGUUGUGUACCUCUCGAACGAUCCACUACCUACCUUUUUUCGUCAGAGUGGACUCCGUUCUUUGUUUUACCCUUUCACCGAAGAGAGGAGAGGAGUUGUUGAAUAUGUUUAUUCAUCUUUUCGAUCGAUUUUUUUUCUCGAUUCUUUUUCUUUCGAUUUUUAUCCUGAUGCAGAAUACUCGUUGUGUGUUGUGUUCCCUGUUUCACUUCGAUCCCUUUUUUUUUCUCUUUUAUAUUGUCCGCCGCUCUUGCACCUUCUACUCCGUUACGUCUGAAUCCUCCCGUCGCGCUAUACAUAUACUUCUUAUCACCUGCUCUUGACACCUUCACGCUCGUCAGUCAAUUUGCAGUCAAUUCGACCAGUCCUCCGAACCGUUUCCCUGUUCGUAUAGCAGUCAGUAUCCAGUACUCACUAACGUAGCACUCUUCGCCAUAUCUAUCUAUCUGCCGUCUCAGUCUCGGUCUCGGUCUCCUUCUU